UUGAUGCUACUCAUUAAUGUUUCAAGACAAUAUCUAUAUUCUAAAUUUUACGUGAAUAAUAAUUGAAGUAUAACAUCAAAUAAAUAAACAUGGAUAUUAAUGCUAGUUUUAAUGAGGAAGAUGAAGUUAUACAACAUUGCGAACCUGAUACAUAUUUUAUAGUUGAUGAAAUAUCAUUUGGCAAAGGAAUACUUUAUGUUGCUGAUAGUAAACUUUACUGGAAAAAUAAUAGGGAUAAUCAAAUAGUUAGUAUUGAUUACAAAUCUAUGUGUGUAUUUGGCACAUGCAAUCAUCCUACAGUACACGAAAAGCCUUGUUUACAAAUAAUUACUGAUUUCACUUACAAACCUGAAAAUAGUAAUACUAAUGGCUAUUUCAGACAAAAUGGUGGUUCCAAUACUGAAGAAAAUGCAGAUGAUAGUAAUAGUUCUGAUGAAGCAUUAAAUGAAAUUGUAGAAGACGAUGAUACUUAUAAUAAUGAUGAUGAAGAAGAAUUAAUGAAGUCUAAAAUUAAAUUAGUGCCUGAUAAUGCUGAAUGUUUAACAGCUGUUUAUAACGCCAUUACUCAUGUUCAACCAUUACAUAGUACUAAUGAAGUAAAUAGUGAUGAAGAAGGUGAAGAUUACUAUUAUAAUGAGGAUGAUGAAUUCGAAGAUUAUGAAGACGAUAAUAAUGAGCAAAACUUAAUGAACUAAUUUUUUAUUUUUUUUUCAUUAUAAUAUUCAAAUACUUUUUGUUUAUAUUUUUAGUGUUGUUAUAUAUGUUUUACAUUUAUAAUGAUGACUUCAUUUCUUAAUAUAAUAGGUUAUUGUUAAACCAAAUUAGAAAUAAAAAUAUAUUAUGCAAAACAAA